CAUAGCGUAAUUGAUGAAAGUAUUUGACAUGGUGAAGCACGUAAAACAGGAAUAAAUCACCUCCCCGCACAUCCAGACCCCCACCCUCUCUCCCGGAGAUGUGUUGGAACUCCUUGGAUUUAAAGCACCUCCUUCGCACCGAUUGGUACAUGUGGGAAUGACUCGAUGCUAAGUGGCCUCCCGUCUGAAGCUAUAAGAAGCUACUUCGGCGGAGACUGGCGCUCAAUGAGUAAGGUGGGCGAGGGAUGAAUGAAUGAAUAUAUGAUAGAGGCUUGCUGAUCUCACAUAGACUCGCCUCCUGCAGCGAAGGACAGGACAGGACAGAUUUAAGCGAGAACUCAGCCAGUCGGUGGAAUAAGCCAAAGACAGACAGACAAGGCUGGAGUAACUCGGCGGGUCAGGCAGCAUCUCUGGAGAAAAGGAAUAGGCGAGGUUACGGCUCUGAGCACUUCUUCAGACCAGCCGAUGGUUUAACGGACGUGCGCUGGCGUUGCAAGCGAGGCGAGGCGUGGAGACUGCAGCGAGCAACAGGUCAGCUAUCAGUGAACCAUGAAGUACUCGUCGCUAUCACUGAACGGGAGCGAUGGAUGGCAAGUGCUAGCAAACACCACGGAGCCCGUGGAAAGCCUCGGCAUGCCCGAGAGGGACGAAGGGUUGGCCAGAGCCGAGAUUGCUGUGCUGGGGACCAUCUUCGUGGCGGCCACGGUGGGGAACACGGUGCUCAUCAGCGUCCUGUGGAAUAGGAGGAAGAGGAUGUCCCGCAUGUCUGUCUUCGUGAUGCACCUGAGCAUCGCCGAUCUGGUGGUGGCCCUCUUCCAGGUCCUCCCGCAGCUCAUCUGGGACAUCACGGAGAUAUUUAUGGGUCCGGACGUGCUGUGUAGGAUGGUGACUUAUCUACAGCUGGUGGGAAUGUUCGCCUCCACGUACAUGGUGGUGGCCAUGACCGUGGACAGGUUCCAGGCGGUCUGUUACCCCAUGGUGACCUUCCGCAAGAAGAAGGCGUAUUGGAACACGGCCAUCUGCACCAGCUGGGUCUUGUCGCUCAUCCUGAGUGUCCCUCAGGUCUUCAUAUUCUCCAAUAAAGAGUUCCUCCCCGGCAAGGUGCAGUGCUGGGCGGAGUUCAUCCAACCAUGGGGGCUCAAGGCUUACGUCACCUGGAUCUUCACCGUCAUUUUCUUCAUCCCCACCGUCGUCCUGACCACAUGCCAGGUCAAAAUCUGCAGGGUCAUCCGACUGAACAUUUACGCCAAGACGCACCAGCAGCACCCCGAGACGACCAAGAGCCAGACUGUGCACUCGAGGGCCAGCAACGUCAACUGCAUGUCGAAAGCAAUGAACAAGACGGUGAAAAUGGCAGUGGUCACGGUGUUUGCCUAUGUGUUGUGCUGGACACCUUACUUUGCAGUGCAGCUGUGGACGGCUUGGUAUCCCAGCGACAUCAGCCAGGGCGCCGUUUUCACCAUUAUCAUGCUUCUGGGGAAUUUGAACAGUUGCACCAAUCCCUGGAUAUACAUGUACUUCUGCGGACAAAUCCCACGCUGCACCAAACGCGAACCAAGGAGUUCAGUGCAAAAGGAAUCCGCCACCACGGCCAGCGUUAACCUGGGAGACAAGGAGGUUGGAUAUGCCUUUACGGCGGUUUAAGAUGGCAGAACGACGGAUUACAGCAAUUUGGCAACGCGGAAUUAAGAACCAUUGAAAUCCAAAACUUUAACUCAGUAAUGUCGUUUUCCCACUAAAUCGUCCCUUCUUUCAGAAUCUAUUCAAGCAUUUCUUUUAAAUAUAGGCUACAAUUAUCUGUAUUUAUAAGAUUAUCUGCAUGAAUUUGUUGAUCUGAAGAAGGAUCCCAACCCGAAACGUCACCCACCCUUUUACUCCAGUGACCUGCUGAGUUACUCCAGCACUUUGUGUCUUUCUUUGGUAUAAACCAGCAUCUGCAGUUCCUCAUUUCUAAACUUAUCCUUGAUCAGCAAAGCAACAAUUAGCACUAGGGAGAAGGCAGGAGAAUGGAGUUGAGAGGGAAAGAUAGACGAUGAGCCAUGAUUGAAUGGCUGCAGUAGACUCGAUGGGCCGAAUGGGCUAAUUCCGCUCCUAUGACAUAAACAUUCAACAUCAUAAUCAUAUUUGAUUA